AUGAGAACAGCAGGAGAACAGCAAGAGAACAGCAGGAGAACAGAAGAACAGCAGGAGAACAGAAGAACAGCAGGAGAACAGAAGAACAGCAGGAGAACAGCAGGAGAACAGAAGAACAACAGAAGAACAGCAGGAGAACAGCAGGAGAACAGAAGAACAGCAGGAGAACAGCAGGAGAACAGCAUGAGAACAGCAGGAGAACAGAAGAACAACAGGAGAACAGCAGAAGAACAACAGGAGAACAGCAGGAGAACAGAAGAACAGCAGGAGAACAGCAGGAGAACAGCAGGAGAACAGCAGAAGAACAGCAGGAGAACAGCAUGA